AUGUAUAGAACUGUUUUUCGUAUAACUUCAUCUGAUCAACCAUUAACUAUUAAUAAAAAACAAUCGAAUAGUUUAUUAAAAGUUGUAAGUGAUAAUACAAUGUUUUCAUCAGAAAUUUAUAACCAAGGAACAAUUUUAAUAUCUGGUGGUUCUGGUGGUCUUGGAUUGACAAUGUCUCAGUGGAUGAUAGAAGAACGAGGUGUAAAAUGUAUUAUUCUUAUGAGUCGUCGGACAUCAGCUGAACUUGAACAGUCUUCGAAUCCACAAUAUGAUAAUUGGUUACGAUUGAAACAAACAAUAAAUGAAUAUCAAGCUUAUGUUGAUGUUGUUCAAGCAGAUGUUACAAAUUUUAAUCAAGUAUAUGAUCUGAUCGAAAAAUUAAGUCGAACCUCUUAUCCUGUUCGAAGAGUUAUUCGCAGUGCUGUCGUUGCAGAAGACCGAACUUUAGCUAAAAUGACACAAGAAUAUUUGACACAUGUUUUAGCAGCAAAAGUUCGUGGUGCUUGGAAUCUUCAUCAAGUAAUGCAACUCACUCAUGCUCCCCUUCAUUUUUUUCUCACGUUCUCUUCAAUAAGAAAUCAUCUACUUGAAGUGGCAUCGUCCGGUUACAAUGCUGGUAAUCAAUUUCUCGAUGCUCUUGCUCAUUAUCGCAUCACUCAACAAAACUUACCUGCUCUUUCAGUUAGCUUACCUGCUGUAAGUGGUGCAGGCAUGUUUCAUCGACAACGAGAUAUGCUCAGCACUUUACAAAGUACACAUGGCUUUGAAGUAUUACCACCAAUAGCUGUAUUCGAGUUGAUCGAACGCUUUCAUACAAAUCAGAAGACUUGUCCAUGUCCUGUUAUUUUUGCUGUUAAUUGGCAAAUAUUAUAUGAAAGACGUCACAAAUUACCAAUAUUUCAAUUGAAUAAAAUAGUAAAAGAACGCUAUACUACUAUGAAACUCGCAAAUAUAUCAACAACAUCAACUGAAAUGAAUAGCACAACUACUUCGAACUUGAAUCGAAAGGAAACUAUUAUUGAACGAAUUCAGAUGGCUGUAGCUCGUCUUCUGGGCUCAGCCGAUAUUGAGCGUAUCUUGAUUGAUCGUUCAUUGAUUAGCCAAGGUAUGGACUCAUUAGCAGCUCUUUCAAUGUAUAAUUGGUUAGGACAAGAGACUGGUGUUUAUAUACCAUUAGUUGAUCUACUUCAAGGAUAUUCUAUUGAAACUAUUGCAACAGUAAUUCAUAAUAAGCUCAACGAACGACAUCAAGUUGUAUCAUCGACUACUAAAGAAGAGCACAUGGAUGCUGAUCUAAUCAAAGAAAAUGAAAUAAAACUAUCUCAUAACUCUAAUUACACUGGCAUAGAGAAUAUCAUCUGUCUUCAAAAUCCACUGCAAUGCAAUAGUGAUGUUUUCUUCUGUAUUACAGAGCAGUCAACAAGCAGUACUGAUUACCUAAAUAAAUUAUUCAUGGACAAAAUAUAUAAGCAACAAAAUCAAACAAGACCAGUUAUGAUUUAUGCUAUCCAAAUACCAUCAGUAACAUCAACAGCAUCGACAUCUACUUAUGCUCGUGAUAUGAUUUUACAAAUGCGUCGUAUCCAACCACGUGGACCUUAUCAAUUAGUGGCUGUCCGCAACAAACAAGAAGAAAUCAUUGCACAUGAAACGAUCAGGCAACUCAAAGAUCAUUUAAUGAUAAUUGAUAUUCGAUUAUUUCUUUUGAACGAUUAG